UAGCGGUAACUAGUGUUGUCCCUCCGCAGGAGUGACUCCCCUCUGUUCUCGUGUGCUUGCGGCGCACAGCACGGAGAGACAGAAACACGGAAAAAUAGAAUAGUUUCAAGCAAGAUAUCUUAUUUGUGGAAACGAGCGAACUAACCAAUACUGAAGGAUUCUCGUGUUUUCUGCAGUAAGAUGGAAAGGAUAUCUUCUCUGCCACAUUCAGUUUGACGCCGCUUCACAAUCCCGAGGUAAAAAAUAAAUUGUUUAUGGGAUAACUGUUGUCUGCUUACUAAAACUUUGUGUUUUGCUGGUAUUUGGACAGAUAAUGUAAUAGAACACCGAAAAAAAUGGUUAGUAAAACACCUAAAUGUGAUCCUUAAGGAUCAGACCCUCUGUAGAUAUCUCAGCGUGCCUAAAAGAGACAGCGGCUGUAGACAACACUACUGCAUGUGGCUGCGUUUCUGAGAAGAGGAGAGACUAUCACAGACUACACAGGGUGUGAGGAACGAAAGAGGGGAGCGCUUUGUCGGAUUGGAACUGUCCCUUCUCAAACACAUCGGCAGUAUCGCCUUCAGCUGAAUGCUGUCAGUGCAACGGUCCGGACACUUCUGCUGGAUCUGAAUAUGAGGAUAAUAAUGAUUUUGGAGAGUCUGCUUUUGGAGUCUUGGUUCGUGUUUUCGUGGGAGGUUAGCAUUUGGAAUCAUAUCGUUUCUUGCUUCCUCAAAACCACCGGACAGAGCCUUUUAUUUUUCUGAACACCACCGCAAAAGGUAUAAAGAGCCAAGUAAUUUACAUAAGCUAUGCGUAAUUCACGAUAGAUUUCGAAGGUGCACAAAAAGCACAUUUUAUGUUUUGGUCUUAUUAUGGUUUAACUUAAAACAAACAAACAAACAAACAAACUAAUUCCACUAUUGCGCACAUGUUGUAAUACCUGGACCUUGUUCGAGACAUGCCUAAGCGACGCGAUGGUCCAAGGCGACGAGAAAGACCGUGUUGUGAUUAACGUGGGAGGGAUUCGACACCAGACCUACCGCAGCACCCUGCGCACUCUCCCGGGAACUCGUUUAGCUUGGCUCGCGGAGCCCGAUGCCCACAGCCACUUUGAUUACGAUGCCCAGAUCGAUGAGUUUUUCUUUGACCGUCACCCGGGUGUCUUUGCGCACAUCCUCAACUACUACAGGACCGGCAAGCUGCACUGCCCUGCAGAUGUUUGCGGGCCGCUAUACGAGGAGGAGUUGGCAUUCUGGGGCAUUGAUGAAACAGAUGUGGAGCCGUGCUGCUGGAUGACUUAUCGCCAGCACCGAGAGGCAGAGGAGGCCUUGGACAGUUUCGGCGGGGGGCCCGCCGAGAUGGGUAACGACGAGACGGAAGGAGACGGCUUGGGCGACCCUGGAGAUGGCGAUGAGGAGCUGGAAAUGACCAAGAGAUUGGCACUGGGGGACUCGCCAGAUGCCAAAACAGGGGGAUUAUGGCAACGUUGGCAGCGUCGUGUCUGGGCACUCUUUGAGGACCCUUAUUCUUCUAAAUAUGCAAGGUGGGUGGCAUUCGCCUCUCUGUUCUUCAUCCUGGUGUCUAUAACCACGUUCUGCCUGGAGACACAUGAGGCCUUCAACCCCAUCAUCAACCGCACAGACAUUGACCCGCUGGACAACACCACGCGUAUCUACCAGGAGACGGAGACCGAGGUCUAUCUCACCUACAUCGAGGGCGUGUGUGUGGUGUGGUUCACCUUUGAGUUCCUCAUGCGCGUCACCUUCUGCCCCGACAAAAAAAAAUUUGUCAAGAACACGCUCAACAUCAUUGACUUUGUUGCCAUCCUGCCCUUCUACCUGGAGGUUGGCUUGAGCGGCCUGUCCUCCAAAGAGGCGAAAGACGUGCUGGGCUUCUUGCGUGUGGUGCGCUUUGUUCGGAUCCUGCGGAUCUUCAAACUAACGCGCCACUUCGUGGGUCUGCGCGUGCUUGGCCACACACUGCGCGCCAGCACAAACGAGUUCCUCCUCCUCAUUAUCUUCCUCGCCCUGGGCGUGCUCAUCUUCGCCACCAUGAUCUACUACGCCGAGCGUAUUGGCGCCAAGCCCAACGACCCGCGUGCCAGCGAACACACGCACUUCAAGAACAUCCCAAUUGGCUUCUGGUGGGCUGUGGUCACCAUGACCACGCUAGGCUAUGGGGACAUGUACCCACAGACGUGGUCAGGGAUGCUGGUGGGUGCUCUUUGUGCCCUGGCCGGUGUGCUGACCAUCGCCAUGCCUGUGCCCGUCAUCGUCAACAACUUUGGGAUGUACUAUUCGCUGGCUAUGGCCAAGCAGAAGCUGCCACGGAAAAAGAACAAGCACAUCCCCCGCGCGCCACAGCUGGGCUCCCCGAAUUUCUGUAAAUCGGGCAUGAACUCGCCCCAUCACAGCACGCAGAGUGACACGUGUCCGUUGGCUGCCCAGGACGAGGUUUUAGAAAUGAACCGAGCAGAUCCCAAAGUGAACGGCGAGGCAGCCAAGGCAGCGCUGGCCAACGAGGACUGUCCGCACAUAGACCAGUCUGUUUCCCCUGAAGACGGCCAGAUCUUUAGCCCCUGCGAACCACGGAGGGACACCCCGUGUUUCCUUCUGAACAUGGCUGGCCAACCCACACACGCCGGCACCCGAGUGAGGAAGGGAACGUUCUCAGGGAGGUCAGGGGGCGAGCCAGCCGGCUCCGCGCUCGGGCCGCAGGGCUACCCGCUGCUGCAGCUAGGCUGGACACAUGGCCAGGAGGAUGGCCAUGCCCGAGUCACCACCUGACCCCCAGCGCCCCGCUUUUAAUUGUAUGCCGUGGAGUGCCCCGGCAUUUUAGCACAGAAUUAGCCACUGAGACACCCCCCAAACCCACACCCCCUCCGCCCCCAUCAUGCCGCAGCUUGUAAGAUCACCAUCAAUUACAUCAGAUGCACCACAGCGAAUCCACAGCGUCAGUGUAAAGGAAUAAGUGCACCUUAGAGCUUGCUCACUCGUCUGCAGGCCCCCAAACACACCCAAGGCUCGUUAGGUGAAAAUUAGCGUAGGCCAUCUCUCAGUCUGAGGUGAUGCAACACCGCACUGAGAAAAGCUCAGAUCACAGACUGGCACGGUGACUGCGAAAACAGCUUAGUGGAAACCUUUCUAUACCUUACACCCAGACCAGAGGUGGCUGUGCGUUUGUGUGUCGGGUCCUUAGCAGAUUGGGUCAGUGUCCCUAGGACAGCGAUCAUACUGCACCAACAUGUCACCGAUAGCUGAGCACUGUCUCUCUGUGUCACAUGAUGUCUAGCUCUGUGUGAGCAUGCUCUGUUUUACUACACGCUCCCACUCUCACAACCACCACAGGGGUCAGCCCACAUCUACACGUCACACAACGCUCCUACACAAAGUGCUGUGUAUUCCUGUGUAUCCUGUGUGCUGUUCCGAUUGUUUUUGUGGAAGCUUUUUUGUGUGCCCAUGUGAAUGUGUGUUAUAUACGUAGCCUAUACAGGUGAGCGUGAGAGAGAGUGCUCAUAUGUGUAUGGGUGUAUGUGUGUGAGUGAGUGGCGCUACUGUGAAGUGAAUUCUGUACUUUUCAGUGUGGUUCCGUGACGCAUGGUUUGGGGCCAGUCUCUGGACCUUCCUGCAUGAUCUGUCUUGCUUCUGGGGCUGGUAUUGACUGGACGAAAGCACUCAAACAGCAAGAACACAAUGGAAAAGCUCAUAUAAUAGCCAAUUGGAUUUGUGUUCACACUUCAGAAUUGACAGAGAGGCCUGGUGAAACAGAUGGGACUCUUGGUCUUAUUUCAGCCUCAAUGGCCAUUGUCCUUGGUGCGCAUGUCCCAAAGUGUGUCAGAAUCUAGUUUCUUUUAAAACAUUUGAUAAAAUGUUGAUCUGUGACAUCACUUCCUGUCAGAUUCUGGACGCAAGUUCGUUCUAUCUGGAUAGUUGUCACAAUCCCUACAUAUGUAGCUGUCUAACCAAUGUACUGGAGUACUAACCUAGGCCAUUUCAGGUACAACAAAACAGCACAACAAUGUUUAUUGAUGACUCAAGGGAAAUAAACCAAUCAAGAGAACCUGAAACUUGCUAGGUUAAUCUCAUCAGAUGGCUAUAGAGGAGGGUAUAAAGCUUUAGGGUGGUCAUAAAAACAAAAUUGUAAGUUUGUAGCUUCUCCACAUAACCUACAGCUAACCUGAGCAGAGGAGUUUCUCUCUUGCUUUGUGUUCUCUGGUCAUCCUUUCACCUGUCGUAUACCAGCCUGAAACAAACCCCUCCCCCCGGGCAUGUCUGUGCUCCUUCUAACUGCACGAAACCUGACAGCUUGUAAAAUGAUCCAUAACAGCUGACAGUAACUCAUCCAAAGAAAUAAACCCAUCUGGAAAAGGAAAAAAAAAAAACAACUCAAAACAAACUCAUGAAAAAACCCACACAGCUCAAAGCCUGCGUAUCUCAGACUGCUGUUUGCCCAUCUCUCUCCACCGGAACAAAGGUUACCCAAAGUCCAGGAGUGUGGGCUCCAUAGCCAACAGGGCCGGGGCUCGGGCGGAGCUGGCGUCGGUGUCCGCUGGGUCCCGUGGUCCAGCGGGCCUCCUGGGGCAGUCCCUCUCCCCGAUUCCCUCCGUCCUGUAGGGGGUGAGAGUGGACUGGUAGGGGAGCGGGCAGUCGCACAGCUAGAGCCCUCCACGGUCGCCUCCUCAACCUCUGCUCCCCCUCCUACCUCCCCGUCCUCUGCGGUUGUGAGUCUCCUGUGUCCUCUUCUCCUGGUCCUCGUCCAGGGAGCCAUGCUUCUGUCCCGUCCAUGGGCGUCCCCUCUCACUGCCCUUCCCUUCGUCGCUUGACUUCGCCCUUCAGGCUUUGCACAACGUCAUUAGAAAGAAAGCUGAUGUGAAACAAGGAAUGUUUCCAAAGUUCUCAGGGAAAGUGUAGGGCAUAGGCCUGACUCUCCUAUUCAUAGUGUCACGCUGCAUAUCACAUGAGUUGGUUAGAGACUUUACGUGUGAAAUUGAAUACACACUCGGUGUGUUCGUCUAAUCCUCCCUCUCGAUCAUACUUUUUGCACUGUGGCCCUCUCUUGUUCACCAGCAGACAGACACACAGACAUAUCCAUGCAAACCUGCACGCUCUGCUAGCAAAACCUUCACCAUGAAUCUCUGAAUGUAGUGAGUCCGUGGCAACCUGUAGCGUUCUCCGGUCCUACAAGCCGAGACAAGAGGCCCAGAAUGGCUGAGCGCUUUUUCUACUUGCAGUGCACCUCUUCUUCCUGGGGCCUUUGCCUCUCGUCUGCCUCUCCACCCGCAGGCCUCCUUUGCUCUCAGCCAUGCUCCUCCACUCCUCCUCCACCCUCUGCCUGCAAAAUAGGACUUCACCUCUGUCCUGUCCAAAGGUGUCUGACAGCAAGCCCCCACUCCACCCCCCAGUCCAGCCCGCACCUCAAAAAAUACCUUUUCCCGCAUGCCAGAGCCUUCUGCUCUCUUAUCUCUGCUGUCCCCGGCAACUGUCUCUUUGUAUUCUCUUCUCCUUUCUGUAUGUCUCUGUCCAUCCCUCUUUUGCUCUACUCCUUUUAAAAAAAAAAAAUAAAAAAAAUAAUCUGGAUUGUGAAAGAAAACGAUGGUGUAUUUUUUUUUUUCCUGCCAUCAACCCUCGUUCGUGAGAAGUCUCCUCCUCCCUCCUGUCACCCUCCUUCCCCAGCUGUUGUCUGAGUUGAUCGGCCGCGGGCGAGUGGCAGGACGACCCUGAGCAACCCCGCCCUCCGAUGUAUUCUCUACCACAGACCCCUGUAAAGAGGAGACUGUCCUAGUUAAGCACAUGCAGCCUGAAGUGCUUCGCGUGACCUGAGGGAGACCGCAGAGCGGCCCGGCCAGGGCAAGCAGCCCUGCCCCUUCCCCUGGCGUUGCUUCCCUCGCCGACAUAUCUUGGCUCCACAGUGGCUUGCGAGCUUUGCCGUCGCUUUCCGGAGGAGAGAGAUGAGUAGAGAAAGAGAAAUACGUAGAGCGAAAAGAGAGACAGGACAGUAGAAAACUAGUGGCGUGACAAACGAAUAUUUUCUUCGCAAAGAGAUACAGUGUGGGAUUUUUUCUGUGUGAUGAUUCCUCUGGGGCAGCGGGCAACUUGCAGAUGAAGAUUAUUUUAGGGACUGAAGGUGUGGACAAUGCAAUGACACCAAGGGCAUCGUCGAAUCUAUUGAUGGCUCAACGAAGAGUGAAAGAAGAUUCAUACUCAAAGGUUCAUUAUAGCUUACAAUCCUAUGACAUCACCUAUAAUGCCCUUUGUCACAAGUGUAGAAGACUCUUAACAGUACAUUUUAGCAUGAGUUGCAUGGUGAUGUAUAUACAAAAAAAAAAAGAAAAAAAAGUUUACUGCUAUUAUGAAUAUAUGUAUGAAAACAAAAAAAAUAUAUAUUUUCUUUCAGAAGUUCUUCACUUUUGCAUACGUUUCAUGUAGCCAUGAUAACAAGAUGUUCAACGACAGGGUCCUUUCUCCUUAGCAACACGUUCUUCACUUUUUUCUUCCAAAUUUUCAUUUGUGCUACUAACCACAUGUGAACCAGCUCUGGUCAUAUUGACCUCAAAUUCUACGUGAGAGACAAGUGACUGACUGCUGAGGAAGAUGAAGUAUUUUAGCCAAGCUUUCUAUGUGGUAAAUUCAACUAACUUUUUCAUCUUGUUUCUGUUUGGCAUGCUUGUGAUACUGGAUCUUAUUGAAAGAAAAAAAAACUGAGCAAAUUUCAUUGAUAUUUUUCUGUUUUAUGCUAUAAUUAUUGGUGACUAGAUCCUGUGGAGAGCUAUAGUAAGCAACUGUUUAUUUCACAUAUUAAGUACAGACUUUUGACAGUGUUAUUUUUGAAAAAUAAAUACAAAAAUGACAAAAAUGGCAUUGUGUUAAAAGGAAGGAGUCAAGAUGUGUUUUGCACAUCUUUUCUCUCAUAUCUUUUCUUUUAGGUAUAAAAUCAAUAAAAUAAACAAUAAAAAAUUACAAAUGUAUAUUUACAACAUAAGAGCACUGUAUGCAAUUUAGACCAAUGGGAGAAAAGCAGAUGCAUGCACAAUGUUAUGCAACAAAAGUUAAUAGAUACAAGAGAAAAUGAUUACAAUUCUAGCAUGAAAUAAAUUUUGUAUGAAA